GGUCAUCACCUUGUCUCUCUCCAUCAUCAAAAUUCACAAAUCUAUAAACCCCAACAAAAACCCUCAUCCAUCAUCAUUCCUAAUUUCCCCAAUUCAUAUUCUCUCUCCAAAAAUCAAAGCCAUAACAAUGGCGUCAAGGGUAACAAGGUCUUUUUCUUCUCUCCGACGACCCAUCGUUUCUCUCUCCUCCUUCAACCGCCUCUUCUCUCGUUCUUCUUCUUCUACAUCUAUUCCCCGGUACUUUAGAUUCAGUUCUGAAAUUGGCGAAGAAACUGCAACUAUAGGGAAAGGUCAGGCAUACUCAUUGAGUUCAUUGAACUCUGGAUUAACCUACCAGCUGAGUGAAAACCGUAGGAUGUUUCAAGUGACCCAAUCCUUCUACAGAUCAUAUGCAUCUGCUUCAGCAUCAGAGCCACCUCGGCAGAAACAAACUGGGGGAAAGAAAGAUAUAUCCACGGUGGAAGAUCCUUUUGAUUCACCUACAUAUCAUAUCCCAGAAAAACCUGUCACAUUUACAGAGGGUGCAUCCUACAGCAUUGUGAUUCUUGCAGGCCUUGGAAUAGCUGCCGCUGCAGGAUAUGGUGUUUUUAAAGAGCUGAUACUUGAACCAAAAGAGUACAAAAUAUUUAGCAAGGCAUUAGACAAGAUUCAAAAUGAUAGUCAGGUCCGAGUGAGGAUUGGAUCGCCUAUUAAAGGAUAUGGCCAAGAGUCCAAAAAUCGUGCUGCUCGCCAAAGAAUACCGCAUAGAGUAUGGACUGACGAAGAUGGGGUGGAGCAUGUUGAGGUGAACUUUUACAUUCGUGGCCCUAAUGGGAAUGGAAAAGUUUAUUGUGAGAUGUUUAAAGAUAAAGCAGACAAGCAGUGGAAAUACAUGUAUUUGAUCGUCGACAUUCUUCACCCUUCUCCGAAGAAGUUGAUCUUGGAAUCAUUUCUUCCUGCUUGAAAACUAUUGGCAGAGCCGAGAGAAAAGUAUAAAGAUUUGGCAAAUUGCUGCAUUUAAGGAAUUGUUACAACUUAGAAUAGCCGUGUAUUUAUGAGUGAAAGAGAAGUGAGUUCUCCAAAGUUUUUGGAAUUACAAAAUGAGGAAAUGAGAAGAAAGUUUUUAGGGUUGGGGCUUUGAUACUUCCUCGUCUUUAAUCUUUGGACAAAUUCCUUGAUAUAGCACAUUAUUACUCGAAAGUGUUUUGAGCAACCUUAAUUGUAGCAACUUAUUGUAUACGAUAUGCUUCUCUACAAACUGGUUUCUCUCGGUUUACAAGGAGGAAAUUUGCUAGUCUUUUUCUGUCGGACUAAUUAUUUGUAAUCCGAUAUAUUGGCUAAACUCGAUAAUGAAUAACCAAGCCUAUUGGAUAUAAUUUUUCAGUGA